UCCAUCUUGUCCAUCUUUGUCUACGCCCUCACUUUCCUGUUGGGUGUCCCUGGCAAUGGGGCCGUCAUCUGGGUGACAGGCUUCAAGAUGAAACGGAGCGUCAACACGGUGUGGUUCCUGAACCUGGCUGUGGCAGACCUGACCUACUGCCUCAGCCUCCCCUUCCAGAUGGCUCACGUUGUCCUGGGAAACUCCUGGCCCACAGACAACGUCCUCUGUAAGCUCAUUCCCUCGGCCAUCAUCCUCAACAUGUACGCCAGUGUCUUCCUAUUGACCAUGAUCAGCAUCGACCGCUGCCUGGCCGUCACUAGGCCCAUUUGGUCCCAGACUUACCGGACCCUGGCUAGGGUGCAUGUGGCCUGCCUUGUGGCCUGGGGCCUCGCCUUCCUCAUAAGCCUGCCUACCCUGCUGAUACGGACGGUGUACAUAGACUCUGAGUUCAACUUGAGUUACUGCACCUUGAACUACACUGGGACUUAUUUCGGAGACCGGACCAGGGAGGUGGUGGAGGUGACACGGGCCCUCUUUGCCUUCGUCUUGCCCUUCAUCAUCAUGGCAUUCUGCUACCUCCUGAUCGGCCAGAAGCUGCAGAGGGGCAAGUUCGCCAAGACCAGCAAGACCAGGAAGCCUGUCCGCCUCAUUGCUGUUGUAGUUGCUGCCUUUAUCCUCUGCUGGCUCCCAUACCACAUCUACGGCCUCCUACACAUUAUCAUUAAGCAUCCCAUGUCCUGGUUCUGGGGUAACUUGUCCAUGGGCCUAGUCUCCCUCAACAGCAUCCUGAACCCCAUCCUCUAUGUCUUUGUUGGCCGUGACUUCCGCCAAGUUUUCCGACGUUCCCUGUGCACCUCGCUUCGUUUGGCCUUUGCUUAGGAGCAGACCGAGACAGCUUGCAAGACUCGCAUGAAGACCAUCUCCAGUACGGAUGCCAGAGUGUGAGGGCUUAUCCUCUAUGUCCCGCCAAUGCUGGCUCCUCGCUCCGUCCUGCCAUUGAUACCUCUUACUCCAUCUUGCCCACUGUCACCUCCUGCAUUUAUUGCACCCGCACCCCCCCACCGCUCUACCUACCAUUGUCCCAAUCCUACAAGGCCCAUCGUUCAAGGCCUGGUGAACGAAAAUCCUCGGCUGGAAGCUACCCACUGACCCCUGCCCCCCACCACCGAUUUGCCUGUGAUCUGUUCAACCGCUGAGCAACUAACUGAAUAUUUCUCCGCAGUCGCCAGAUAGCGUCCGAUCAAAAAAAAAACUUGUCCCGGCUCAAAGGGCCCUCUGCGUGAGUCCAGGCCAAGUUGGUUCACUGCCUCCUGGGCCUGGCUUCCGCAUUGCCAUGGCGACCAGACACGACAGCUCUAUCUCGUCGUGACUUUUGCCCCCACACCUGCCCCCUCCAUCAGGUCCGACCUCAGCAUCCCCUGCUCCAGGGAGAACAGACGCUGCCUCUCCGUUCUCUUCUCGUAACCGAAAUGCUCCAUUCCGGGCAACGUCCUCUGCACCCUCUACAGUGCAGUCACCUCCUUCCUGUAGUAUGGAGACCAGAACUGGACACUGGACUCCA